UAGUCCCUUUUACUACAGGAAGUACAGAUGUGAAAUAUUUUGAAGAGCUUCACACAUUCGAAUGAAGCAGUCGGAAAUCCCGCCUCUCCUGCGCCACGAUUGGUUGACUCCCCUUCUUGGCUUCUUCUCGCCCAAUGACGGGUUACAAUGUGGAAAGCUGCGUUGACCUCCCCCCAAAUUCACCUCUAAUGAGAAGCCAUGUUUCGCUCGUUAAGAAGCGUCCAGCAGUUUAACUGCAACCUCCUGACUCUUCAGAGACUCCACGCCAACUCAAAACUCUUCAUUUGUACCUCCAAGAUGGCCGGCUCGGAGUUCCGGAUUGAGCGGGACACGUUUGGCGAGCUCAAGGUCCCCGCUGACAAGUACUACGGCGCUCAGACUGUCAGAUCCACCAUGAACUUCAAGAUUGGGGGACCCAGUGAGAGAAUGCCAAUCCAAGUGAUCAAGGCCUUCGGGAUCCUGAAGAGAGCAGCUGCUGAGGUAAACAAAGACUACGGCCUGGACCCUAAGCUGGCAGAUGCCAUCGUAAAAGCUGCAGAUGAGGUUUCAGCAGGUAAACUGGAUGAUCAUUUCCCUCUGGUGGUGUGGCAGACCGGAUCAGGGACUCAGACUAACAUGAACGUAAAUGAGGUGAUCAGCAACAGGGCUAUUGAGAUACUGGGAGGAAAACUGGGCUCCAAGGAUCCAGUUCACCCAAAUGAUCACGUCAAUAAGAGUCAGAGCUCCAACGACACCUUCCCCACUGCCAUGCACAUAGCUGUAGCUACAGAGGUCCACCAUGUCCUGCUGCCCGGCCUGCAGACCCUGCACGAUGCCCUAGCUGCCAAGGCUGAAGAGUUCAAAGAUAUCAUCAAGAUCGGACGCACCCACACCCAGGACGCCGUCCCGCUGUCGCUCGGACAGGAGUUCAGCGGGUACGUCCAGCAGGUGAAGUACAGCAUCGAAAGGGUGAAGGCCGCCAUGCCCAGGGUGUACGAGCUGGCAGCAGGGGGUACGGCGGUCGGGACAGGACUCAACACCCGCAUCGGCUUUGCAGAGAAGGUCGCCGCUACAGUCGCCUCCCUCACCGGCCUCCCGUUCAUCACCGCCCCCAACAAGUUUGAAGCCCUGGCGGCUCAUGACGCGCUGGUGGAGCUGAGCGGAGCUCUGAACACGGUGGCCGUCAGCAUGAUGAAAGUCGCUAACGACAUCCGAUUCCUGGGGUCAGGACCCCGCUCCGGCCUGGGGGAGCUCAUCUUACCGGAGAACGAGCCCGGGAGCAGCAUCAUGCCGGGGAAAGUGAACCCCACCCAGUGUGAGGCCAUGACCAUGGUGGCCGCCCAGGUGAUGGGGAACCACGUGGCCGUGACAGUUGGGGGGAGUAACGGACACUUUGAGCUCAACGUCUUCAAGCCCAUGAUGGUGAAGAACGUCCUGAACUCCGCCCGCCUGCUCGGCGACGCCUCCGUCUCCUUCACCAACAACUGCGUGGUGGGCAUCCAGGCCAACACGGAGAGGAUCAACAAGCUCAUGAACGAGUCCCUCAUGCUGGUCACGGCCCUCAACCCGCACAUCGGCUACGACAAAGCCGCGGCCAUCGCCAAGACGGCUCACAAGAAGGGCUCCACGCUGAAGGCCGUGGCCGUGGAGCUGGGCUACCUGACCGAGGAGCAGUUCGAUCAGUGGGUAAAGCCCAGUGAAAUGCUUGGGCCAAAGUGAACUGUGAAAGCACUACCACAACCUUGGAAAUUGUUGAACUCGAUGAAAAAUAACAUUCUAAAUCUUUGCGUCUCUUAAUAAAAACAGCAAGAUUUCUGUUUUUUUUUUUCCGUUUUCCGUUUUGCAUACUUUGAGACUUAACCUCUUAUGUAUUAUUGAUUUAAAGACCUCAGCAUCCAGAAUGUGGUGUCAGUAAAUCCGUUAAUGUACACAAAGUUGUAUUCUGUACAUUUUAAUUCACAAUGUUUUUUUUUUCUUUUAAAUAUGAAUGGCAGUAAAGUUUUUCAUGUUUAAAGAAUAUGCGGAUGUGCCAUAUUAGCAGUGUCCCAUUGAAAGAUUAAAAAUAUAUAUUAUUUA